AUGUCAGAUACAUUAUAUUCUCAAAGAGAACACCAGAAUAAUCAGAAAUUUGAUCAAUUAGCAUCAACAUUACAUCAAUUCAGAACCACUAUAGAUGAUGAUAUUCAUAAUAAUAUUCAACAAGAAAAUUCCCUACUAGAUUCGUUGAAUGAUAAUUUUAAUUCUUUAAUGGUACUGGUUAAACAAACCUCUGGAGAAUUAAGAACAGUUAUGAAUAGAAAUGCUAGUCUUACUCGGAUCGUUGGAAUGAUAUUGCUUGGAUUCUUUAUAAUUUGGAUGUUGUAUAAAUUAAUAUAA